AUGCAUGCUCUUGGUCGUCUGCUCAUUUUCUCGCACAGCCAAACACUACCCAUCUCAGGCAUGCAGGACCUCCUCCAGUACAAGGACCGGGACCAGUGGUACCUCCCAAAGUUUGUGGCGGAUGAUGCUCCAGACUGGAACCCAGGCAAAUUUCUGAGGUCCAGGCAGCUUGGUCCAGGUGUCAAGGAGGUCGUUCUGGAAGCUGAGAUCAGCAGGGAGCAGAUCCCCCUGCGCAAUGCCUACAAGCACAUCGGCCAGAGGGCCACCAUCAGAAUUAACAGCGGUGUUGACACCGAGCUGCCAGUGGCGCGGGGCCCCUUCCCGCAGGAGCUGAACAAGCAGGCGCUGUUCCGGGCGCGGCUGGACAUGCACGCGGGCGAGAUCAAGGCCGUAAAGGAGGUGGACAGCGUCAAGGCAGAGCUGCCGCUGGUGGUGUACCAGGACGAGGCGCCCGACAUCUACAAGAUGGCCGACGACGACGCCGUUGAAAUCGGGCCCUUUGUGGGGAGCGGCAUGGACCUGAGGGGCCCCAUCAUCUCCAUAUACACCUUCCCCACGAUUGUCAUCUUCUGCGAGGGCCGCGGCAUCGCCGCUGCAAAGGCGUUGGUGGAGGCGCAGCCGUCCGAAGGCGGCCUCAACUUCCCCUACAGGGAGGAUGUGCGCAUGUACUACAGGGCGCCGAACCAGGAGGCGCUGUGCUUCAGAGAUGAGCUGGAGGAGUGGGAGAGCAAGUAUGGCUGCAAGGUGGUCACAUCCACGCGCGGCACCUUCCAGGACAUGUUUGAUGACGAUGACACACUGGCCUAUGAGCCUGCCAGCACAGCCGCCAUCAUCCUGACUGGUGGCGACGAGGAGGCAGAGGCAGCUGCCUUGGAGGUGUGCAAGGAGGCAGAGAUCACAGAGAUUGCCAUCGACAGCAGAGAGCAGAUCCAGUCUGUGUAUCUGGUGAAGGGAUCAGAAGGGCCUACAAAGUCAGACAGAAAAAAGGAACCUUCAGCAGAUACCUAG